CGCAAGGACUGACGUCCAGAACAUCCUGCCUAUAGGAUCCCGGCCGCCAGCCGAGCCCCGCUUUCCCCCCUCGUUUUAAAUCCGGCCGGCGAUGGCAGGCGGCGAAAGCGGGAGAGAUUGGCAAUGCAGCGCGGCAGCGACUCCCCAAAGUUCUUGCUUUCUGUAACUCCCGGCUUUCGGACUCGGAGCCGCCGGGCACAGCCGAAGCUGCGAGUUUAACCAGCCCUGUUUGCGAAAAUGCCUGUCACUUGCUGGUCUUUGAGUUUGAUAAUUGGCCUUCCAGAGCUGAGGAAUACUUAACAGCAAGAGAAGUCGAGGAGGAAAAGGCAAGUUUCACAAUUCAAACGAUGCUAAAACAGGUUCUACUUUCGACCUUAUGGAAACAGGACCGUGGAGUAAGCUGCAGGGGCUUUUUGGUUGGGUUAUUGACAAGAUGUGCCACAAAGUGAUAUGACUUUUAAACUCUUCUGACUGUUUAAAGCCAGCAAGGAGCAGCAAAAUUGAAGCAAGAAUUUAAUUUGAGGAAUUUUGGGACUUUCAAGGAAGAAAGCUGUUUUCUGAGAAGAGCAAAGUAGGACGAUGGCAUCUGGAGAGUGCCUUCUGCUAGACCUAGAAACAGAUAACUUCAUUUUCUAUAACAUCUCUGUGAACCAGAGUGCAAACUUCUCCCUCCUGGGGGAAGACUGGUUCUACCCAGCGUUCCUCUACGCCAUCCCCACUAUCUAUGGGAUCAUCAUUCUGAUAGGCCUUAUUGGCAAUAUCACCUUGAUUAAGAUCUUCUGUACUGUGAAAUCCAUGAGAAAUGUCCCUAAUUUGUUCAUUUCCAGUUUGGCUCUGGGAGACCUGCUGCUUUUAGUGACUUGUGUGCCUGUGGAUGCCAGCAGGUACCUUGCUGACGAGUGGCUAUUUGGCAGAACUGGAUGCAAACUUAUUCCCUUCAUACAGCUCACCUCUGUAGGGGUGUCAGUCUUUACUCUCACUGCUCUCUCAGCUGACAGGUAUAAAGCUAUAGUAAGGCCAAUGGAGAUCCAAGCAUCGCAUGCACUGAUGAAGAUUUGUGUGAGAGCUGCUAUAAUCUGGAUUGUAUCCAUGCUGCUUGCCAUCCCUGAAGCAGUAUUUUCAGAUCUGCACCCUUUCCAUGACAAAGGGACUAAUAAAACCUUUAUCAGCUGCGCUCCUUACCCUCAUUCAGAUGGGCUGCAUCCCAAAAUUCACUCAAUGGCAUCCUUUCUCAUAUUUUAUAUUAUUCCCCUAUCUGUAAUUUCAGUAUAUUAUUAUUUUAUUGCUAAGAAUCUGAUCCGGAGUGCUUACAACAUCCCCGUGGAAGGAAAUGUGCAUGUGAGGAAACAGAUUGAGUCCCGUAAGCGCCUGGCCAAGACCGUGCUGGUCUUCGUGUGCCUCUUCGCCUUCUGCUGGCUGCCCACCCACAUCAUCUACUUGUACCGCUCCUACCACUACUCCGAGGUGGACACCUCAGUGCUGCAUUUCAUUGCCAGCAUCUGUGCUCGGAUCCUGGCCUUCACUAACUCUUGUGUCAACCCCUUUGCUCUGUACUUGCUGAGCAAGAGCUUCCGGAAGCAGUUCAACAACCAGCUGCUGUGCUGCAGGGCCCGCCUGCUCAUCCGCUCGCACAGCAUGGCCAGGAGCACCACGCGCAUGACCUCCCUCAAGAGCACCAACCACUCCCUGGCCACCUUCAGCCUCAUCAAUGGCAACCACAUGUGCCACGAGGGCUGUGUCUAAAGGGCACAGGCAGGGACAUGAAUUGAUGAGCGUGGCUGCUGGACUUUGCUCCGUGGGCAUGGUGAGCAGCGCACACACGCGUGCACACGCACAUGCAGGGAGGUGUGGUGUGCUCAGAGAGCUCAGAGGAGCUUGAAGCAAUCGGCAUUUCAUCUUGGGCUCAGGAUGAAGCAUCCAGCAUUUCACCCUGGACUGAGGCAUCGCCAGAGCAUCAGGUCAUUGAGCACCAGCUAACAGGAUCUCCCUGGGAAGGGCUGCUGUGCUUUCAAUGAGAGCAAAAUGAGCACCUUAAGAUCAAAUCUUUUUUGGCUCUGCAGAAUCCUCAUCAUUUCCUGCUCAAUCCCAUACUUUUGCAGACUUGCAGCAGUGAUAAAGACCAUAUCAGGUGCACACAAUUUGUCAGAACAGUUGCAUCCAUCACUUCAUGGUGUAAUGUACUUUGACAUAGAAAUAAAUCCAUUUAAAUAAGGUAAAUACUUUUACAAAAGAGUUCAACAUAGGUCAUUUACAGACUUUUCAAGUAUUUAUUAAUGUCCUGAGUACAGUGUUAAUUCAUGGUCUAAAAGAUAUCAAGAGUUUACUGGGGCAUGUCUGUGGCCCCAUCUGAAAUGAGCACUAUCUUGCACCACGUCAAUGUGAAAGCAGUAAUGUGAAUAAAUGUGAGUUGCAAUAUG